AUGAAGUCUAGAAAAGAAGCUUUAUGGAAGCUAGUUGACCUUCUUGAAGAGAUAUUUGGAUCUUCAGAUCCUACUCAGCACGAUCUGCUCAAUAAUACGACACAAAACACUGAUGAAGGAUUCAAAAAUCUUUUUAGUUGCUAUGAGAUAGGGAAAAGUCGUCUAUUUUCAAUAUAUAGACAGGAUGUGAAUAAGUCAGAG